AUGAUCAGGCAGAUGUUUGAUAACAGUAAUGAGCUGUGGAACACAAAUCAGCCAAACGACUAUGAAGGGGUGGAGAACUGUGGAGUGUUAACAGGAAGCCUGACAUUGGAAAACGUAUCUUGUAACACACAUAAUCAUUUUCUUUGUUAUGACAGUAAUUCAUUCCAGAAAUUCCACUUGAUUCAACAAAAUAAAACUUGGUUAGAAGCUCAGAGAUACUGCAGGGAAAACCACACAGACCUGGUCAGUGGACUGCCACAGCUACAGGAGGACGAGCUGAAGGGAUAUUCCAGUCUUAUUGAAAAACAUUUUUUAAUUUCAAUUGGUCUGUUCAGAGACACCUGGAGGUGGUCAGAUGGAAGCAGUUUCUCUUUCAGACACUGGAAUGACCAGUUUAACAAUGACCAAUACAACACUGGUCAAUGUGCCAUGACUGUGUUUGAUGAUGAAGGCAGGUGGAAGACUGACAGCUGUACAGUCAGAAAACCCUUUAUCUGUUAUGAUGAUAAAGUGAUCCUGAUGAAAGAAAAGAUGAACUGGGAGGAUGCCUUAUACUACUGCAGAGAUCACUACCAUGACCUGGUCACCAUCACCAGCCUGGAUGAGCAGAGAUGGAUCCAGGAAAAAGCCAAGAAUGCCUCGACUGAUUAUGUCUGGAUGGGACUGCGCUACAACUGCUUGAAGAACAUGUGGUUCUGGGUCUGUAAGGAGAUCAGGUUUAACCAUAAAAGCCAGGUCUCAGAAGAACAGAUGAGAAACUGUGACAUGUCUGGAGCCAUAGAGACAAGAGGGAAACAUAGGUGGAUUCAGGGAAAUGACACAGAGGAACUGAAUUUUAUUUGUUCUAAGGUUUAAGCUCACCCCAUUUUUUUCAGAAUCGUUGGUUAAUUAUAAUAUUAACAUGAUUUCUAUUGUUUUUUUUUGUCUUAAAACUUAAA